AGCAUAUCCUCCUUACGGAACCGGCUUGACUGACUUGCUCGAAAAGCUACUAUCGUCUGAAUGAUUUUGAUCUGCGCUGGAUUGGUGAUUCCAAUUGGACCUAUACUAGUGACCCGAUACAGGGCCUGUAAGUGGCUCUGUUCUCAACAACCUUACUUGUGAACUUAAAUAUCUGACAACGACUUAGAGCGGGAAAGUCUGGAUCUACAUGGCUUGUAUUUGAUGGUUUGGACACGUUCACGACCGUCUCAUUCUGUGGGAUACAUGUAGCUUCCACAGACAAUCAAUUCCGCCAGUACUACUUCGAUGUCUCUGGUAUCCUGAGACAUUGCACGGGGAGUCCUGUCGUAAGUCUCAAUUUCGGCAGCGCGCCGGCAAUUGUGGACAAGCUUGCCCAAGGUUACGACACGAUAGAGCUGCCCCUGCCACCUAACUUUGAGCUUUCCAAUCGAUGGCACAUGCGCAAACAGCAGUCUGAUUUCGGAUGGGAUUGGGGUCCGGCUUUUUCUCCGGCCGGCCCCUGGAAACCUGCAUACAUUGUACAGUUUGACAAGUCGGGUAGUAUCUACGCCUUAAAUACGGACCUGGAUAUUCAUCGGAAGGGUCAGAUCAAUCAUUUACCUCCCGACCAGAACAAGCCUUGGGUGGUGAAUGCUAGCGUUGAUUUUCUAGGAUCUAUGCCUCGUAAUCCGUCAAUGUCGAUUGAAAUCAAAGACGUUGAGACGGAUUUGACUCUCGUCUCAAAGGCCCUUGGCAAUGUCACUGUUUCUAGCGGUUCUAUCACUGGUGUCGCAGUGCUCGAUGGCGUGCAGCCAAAGCUAUGGUGGCCUCACGGUCUUGGAUCGCAACCCCUGUACCGACUCUCAAUCGCUAUUAACAGCGAUAUGAAAUCGCAGCCGAUUAUCUGCAUCACCAAGCGAGUUGGUUUCCGCACCAUCUUUUUCAAUCAGCGCAAUAUCACGGAGCAGCAGCUUGCACAAGGAGUUGCCCCGGGUAGCAACUGGCAUUUCGAGAUAAACGGUCACGAGUUCUACGUCAAAGGCUCCAAUUUAAUCCCGCCUGAUGCGUUUUGGCCCCGAGUCACCGAAGAUAAGAUGGCACGAUUGUUCGAUGCGGCCAUUGAAGCUAAUCAGAAUAUGCUCCGCGUCUGGUCAUCGGGCAUUUACCUCCCUGACUUCAUGUACGAUCUAGCUGAUGAAAGAGGCCUGCUUCUCUGGAGUGAAUUUCAAUUCAGCGAUGCCAUGUACCCUGUUCAUCAAAAGUUUCUCGACAACGUUGCUGGCGAAGUGCUAUACAACGUCCGCCGCGUGAAUCAUCAUCCGUCUCUGGCGUUAUGGUCGGGUAACAAUGAGAUCGAAGGGUUCAUACUCCUCCUGAUUAACGCUACACAUCCAGAGGAUUCUCCACGGGCUAUCGGAGAGUACGAGGCGCUGUAUAUCAAACAUAUAAUGCCGCUGGUAUACGAAAAUACUCGCUCUAUCUCCUACAGUCCCAGCAGUGCGACAAACGGCUAUCUAGACAUCGAUCUAUCUGCAUCCAUCGCCAUGGUCGAACGCUACAACAACACCACCUUUGGACACUACUAUGGCGCCACGGAAUAUUACCAGUACAACAGCCGCGUUGCGUUCAACCUCUCCGUCUACCCGGUGGGCCGGUUCGCAGUGGAGUUCGGGUACCAUAGUAUGCCUAGUCUUCAAACCUGGCAGCAGGCACUCGAUCCCUCUGACCUGCACUUCAAUAGUUCCGUUAUAAUGCUUCGGAACCACCACUACCCUCCCUCCGACAGAAACACUAGUAACUUCCACAACACAUCCAUCGGCAUGGGCGAGCUAACCAUGGCCGUGGAGCGAUACUACCCCAUUCCCAACAAACAAGACCCCGUCGCGGAUUUCAGCGCCUGGUGUCACGCCACCCAGCUCUUCCAGGCGGACAUGUACAAGACUCAGAUCCAGUUCUACCGACGCGGCAGCGGCAUGCCCGAGCGACAGCUCGGAACCUUGUACUGGCAGCUCGAAGACAUCUGGCAGGCGCCGACGUGGGCGGGGAUCGAGUACGACGGACGCUGGAAGGUCCUCCACUAUGUGGCCCGGGACAUCUACAAGCCGAUCAUUGUCUCCCCGCUCGUAAACUCCACCGUCAACUCUCUAGAUAUCAACGUCAUCUCUGAUCUCUGGGAACCGGCCACCGGUACCGUUCGUCUUACCUGGCUCAAUCUCAGGGGUAAUCCGAUCCCUGCAAAUGCUGGCUCACCGACGUCGAUCCCGUUCGAUGUGGGUGCUCUCAACACGACUAGGGUCUAUAGCGCCGGUCUGGACAAGCUCAGGCUAGCUGACCCACGAGACUCGAUCCUUCUGAUCUCUCUUGAGGCCAAGGGACGUCUGCCCAAUACGAAAGAAACCAUCUCUUUUACCCACGAGAAUCACUUCGUCCCGGUGCCUCCGAAGGACCUGAAACUGGUAGAUCCCGGUCUUAAGCUUUCAUAUGAGAAGGGCUCUGAUAUAUUUACGGUGGAAGCUACAUCCGGAGUAUCCUUGUACACUUGGUUAGAUUAUCCGGCCGGUCUGGUGGGUUAUUUCACUGAGAAUUCAUUUGCUCUGGCUCCGGGCCAGAAGAAAGAGAUCGAAUUCGUUGUCCAGGUGGAUAGUGAGUGUGAUGAUUGGAUGGAUAAAGUUACAGUGCAGAGCCUUUGGGAUCAAGCACUUCGAAACUGA